AUGGCAAACCUUCCUCCGAGACCAGAGUCACCUCCGCGAGGUCGUGAUGACAGACGAUUGGAGAGCGACAGAUAUUCUGCUCGCAAUACAAUUUCUCCAUCACGACCGCGCGAAACAGUCUCCUCAAGAGACCGCAGCUACGUACCACCACGCGACUUUGACACAUAUCGACCACCGCCGUUCGAUAACAGAAGGGAUGAUGGAUUUCGUAGGAACGAACCAGUACGCAUAUCAGACUAUGAUUCGCGAUUCGAUAGAGAAAGGCAACCUUGGGGUCGGAAUGAACGAGAUCGUCCUCGGUAUUCGAGACCAGGCGCGGAUUAUGAUAGAGACCGCCGACCAUACGACAUGGACAGAGACUACGAUAGGAGAAGAGGCUCACCCCGUCGCCGCUCUCGCUCACCACCAAGGCGACGUUCCUCUCCACCACCACACUACAGAGACAGACGCUCGCGUAGUCCUUACCGGUCAUCUUCUCCAAGAAAGCCAUUAAAACUUGGAAAUCACUCGAUAGCCGUCAGCCCUCUACCGCAUUCGCCAUAUGAUCGUGGCACACAACGCCGCGGCAGAUAUACCCCUCAGUCUCGCGAGGGCUCCCCUUCACCCUCUCGUGCUGCUGCUGCGCCAGUGAGGCCUGAUUCAAAUCCCGCACCAAUCUCACGGCCUCCUGAGUCCGAAUCAAUUCGCCCAAAAUUUGAACCCAGUGCAGAUACACUUGAGACGAAGAGCCAACCUGUCGAACCCAUUUCUGAGUCACAGCCUAUUUCUCAUCCCCCUCCUCCGAGUGAACGUCACGGCCAGGCUGCGAGCAAUGCUAAAGUGGAACCAAAGUCUGAACAACUCGAUGUACAACCACUAGAGAUGAAAUGUGAAUCCCCUCGGGUAACUGAUGAACCAACAUCAGGCUCAAAACGCGAACCUUCGCCCUCGCCACUCCGACAAAGGUUCAUAAAUAACUCGACCAUGCGUGGUGGGCAACCACGAAGAUGGCCGUCGCGAUCCCCUCCCAGAGGUCCUCGAAUUCAUCCUAAAAAUGCCAAUUUUCACCCUCCAAGUUCACACCCCUCUAGUACGCAUCCACCCCAUCCACACCCUACACCUACUUCACACUAUCCAACGGGUCCCCGAAUGGGUCGACGUAUCUAUCCACCCAACACGUCGGCACCUCCAACAAAACUUUCCCCCCAGCCCGCCAUCAAGGCAGCUUCCCCUUUGGUGCACAAUGAAAUAAAAUUACCCAUCAUUCCAACCUACGAACCAAAGCCAUCGCUUACUGCUGAUCUUGAACAGGAGCUUGCACGUCUCCAAGCUCAUCGGGCACAUAUUGGGUCUGACUAUCUACAGCAUGAGAAAGGCGCUCGCCGAGCUCUUCACGAAUUGGAUAUGGCAACUGUCGACCUUCGUGCAGCCGAAGGUCGCCGAAAGAUUGCCGACAUGCAAUUAGAGAAGGCAAAGACAGGCUCCCUUGGCAUCGAUGGACAACCUAUUGAGACUCCUGUUGUUUAG